UCAUAUCAUUUGCCCAUCUGCAGUCUUUUUGACAGGAUCUAUAGAUUUGGGAAACCAAGAGACCACCACCACCACCUCCACCUCCUCAGCUCCAUCUCCACUUCCCCCCUUUUUCCCUCACUUCCUUGUUUCUCAAAAAGCCCUUCCCCUUUCUCUCUCUCUCUCUCUCUCUCUCUCUCACGUGUCACCUUCUUAUAUAACUACUCAUUGUCUUCUUCACUUGUUAAUUUCAUCUCAUUGUAACCAACAAUGUCACUUGAAGCUCUUCCCACUUCCAAUGACUUCCCCAACUUCCUCAUCUACGACACCAUUUCUGCUUCUCCAACAAAUUUUUUCUUCCCAAACAACAACAACAUCAACAACAUCAACAAUAACAACAACAGUGUGCUUAGUUUUUCCGGUGAGUUUGUAUCAACACAAACCUCACCGGAUAUCAAACCAGGACAACAAAGAAGAAAAAGAAGGCGAAAAGCCAAGAGUUCCAAGAACAAAGAAGAAGCCGAAACCCAACGAAUGACUCACAUUGCCGUCGAACGCAACCGCCGCCGUCAAAUGAACGAGCAUCUCUCCGUUCUCCGCUCUCUCAUGCCCGAUUGCUAUAUUCAAAGGGGAGACCAAGCAUCAAUUGUUGGAGGAGCAAUAGAUUUUGUGAAAGAACUUGAACAACUGCUUCAAUCACUUGAAGCUCAAAAAAGAAAAGUUUUACAAGAACAAGAAUUGGAAGAAAGCAAGAACAAAUCUGAACUAGAUCUGCCACCAUUUUCAGACUUCUUCACUUACCCUCAGUACAUAAGAUUCCAUGCUCCUCGUGACUACUUUCCCUCGCCGCCGUCGCCGGAGACUCAUCAUCAUCAUCGGACUCCGGCAUUGGCCGACAUUGAGGUCACUCUAAUCGAAUCACAUGCUAAUUUGCGCAUCUUGUCACCAAGAAGACCUCGCCAACUUGUCAAACUUGUUGCUGGUCUUCAAGCUCUCAGUCUCACCAUUCUCCAUCUCAAUGUCACUUCUUUGGAUUUCAUGGUUCUCUACUCUCUCAGUACAAAGGUGGAGGAGGGAUGUGUCUUGACCACGAUAGAGGAAAUCGCAGCCGCGGUGCACCAUUUGCUCUCUCUUAUUGAAGCAGUCACACCCGCUCAUAGCCAAUGAGAGUUUGUGUGGUCACGUGAUCACCUGAGCUUUUUGCACGUGCGACGAAUCUCGAAUAUUCCCCUUUGUGAUUCUAUGGGCCUCCACUUUGCUUUUAUUUUAAUAGGCCUUCCACUGUUCUUUUUUCUCAAUGGGCCAAGUUUAAUGUAAGGCCCAUCAUUCAAACGUUGUUGUUAAUGGCUAUCAAAUCAACGGCUCUCGUUCUCUUGUGAUA